AUGAGUGGUCAAAAAGUAGAUCCGGAUAUGGAGUGUUUUGGCCCGGCGGCCAUAUACCUCCGGAAAACUGAAAAGGAGAGAGUAGAGGCUCAAAACACUCCCUUUGAUGCCAAAACAGCUUACUUUGUGACAGAGCCCACUGAGAUGUAUUUAAAGGGGAAACUUGUAAAGAAGGAGGGUGGCAAAGCCACAGUUGAAGUUCAGGGUGGAAAGACUUUCACCGUGAAAGAAGAUGAAAUCUUCCCCAUGAACCCUCCAAAGUUUGAUAAGAUUGAGGACAUGGCCAUGAUGACCCACCUCAGUGAGCCUGCUGUGCUGUAUAACCUCAAAGAGCGUUAUGCAGCAUGGAUGAUCUAUACCUACUCUGGGCUGUUCUGCGUCACUGUGAACCCCUACAAGUGGCUCCCAGUGUAUGAUGCAAUGGUUGUUGCAGGAUACAGGGGCAAAAAGAGGAUUGAGGCUCCACCCCACAUCUUCUCCAUCUCUGAUAAUGCCUAUCAGUUCAUGCUCCAAGAUCGUGAGAAUCAGUCAAUCCUGAUUACCGGAGAAUCUGGUGCAGGAAAGACUGUCAACACUAAGCGUGUCAUCCAGUACUUUGCGACAAUUGCAGUGUCUGGAGCUAAGAAAGUCGAGCCAGUUCCUGGAAAAAUGCAGGGGUCGCUGGAGGAUCAAAUCAUUGCAGCCAACCCACUGCUAGAGGCUUAUGGUAAUGCCAAGACAGUGAGGAAUGACAACUCAUCCCGCUUUGGUAAAUUCAUCAGAAUCCACUUUGGAUCAACAGGAAAACUGGCUUCUGCUGACAUUGAAACAUAUCUGCUGGAGAAGUCUCGAGUGACGUUCCAGCUGUCUGCUGAGAGGAGCUACCAUAUUUUCUAUCAGCUCACAACUGGUCAUAAACCUGAGCUCAUAGAGUCUCUCCUUAUUACCACCAACCCUUUCGACUUUCCCAUGGUCAGUCAUGGAGAGGUUACUGUCAAGAGUAUCAAUGAUGUUGAAGAAUUCAUCGCUACUGAUACUGCCAUUGACAUCCUGGGUUUCACUGCAGAGGAAAAGAUAGGCAUUUACAAGCUAACUGGGGCUGUGAUGCAUCAUGGAAACAUGAAGUUCAAGCAGAAGCAGCGGGAAGAGCAGGCUGAGCCUGAUGGCACUGAGGUGGCUGAUAAAAUUGCCUAUCUCAUGGGUCUGAACUCCGCUGAUAUGCUGAAGGCUUUGUGUUACCCAAGAGUGAAGGUUGGCAAUGAAAUGGUGGUCAAGGGUCAAACUGUGCCACAGGUGAAUAAUGCAGUGAUGGCUCUCGCCAAGGCUGUGUAUGAGAAAAUGUUCUUGUGGAUGGUUGUCAGAAUCAAUGAAAUGCUGGAUACCAAGCAGCCGAGAAAUUUCUUCAUAGGUGUCUUAGACAUUGCUGGAUUUGAAAUCUUUGAUUUCAACAGCCUGGAACAGCUGUGCAUCAACUUCACCAAUGAAAAACUGCAACAGUUUUUCAACCAUCACAUGUUUGUCCUGGAGCAAGAAGAGUACAAGAAAGAGGGGAUUGAAUGGGAGUUCAUUGACUUUGGCAUGGACUUGGCUGCCUGCAUUGAGCUUAUUGAGAAGCCAAUGGGCAUUUUCUCCAUCCUUGAAGAGGAGUGCAUGUUCCCCAAGGCAACAGACAUGACCUUCAAGAACAAACUCUAUGACCAGCAUGUUGGCAAAAGUGCCCCCUUUCAAAAACCAAAACCUGUCAAAGGCAAACCUGAGGCCCAUUUCUCCCUGGUGCACUAUGCUGGCACUGUUGACUACAAUGUACUUGGCUGGCUGGAGAAGAACAAAGACCCCCUGAAUGACUCUGUGGUGCAGCUCUACCAGAAGUCUUCAACAAAACUGUUGGCCUUGCUGUUUGCAUCUCAUGCCUCUGCAGACGAUGCAAAAGGUGGAAAGAAGGGUGGCGGCAAGAAGAAGGGUGGUUCCUUCCAGACAGUGUCAGCUCUUUUCAGGGAAAACCUUGGCAAGCUGAUGACUAACUUACGGAGCACUCACCCACAUUUUGUGCGCUGUUUAAUUCCCAAUGAAACUAAAACACCAGGUCUUAUGGAGAACCACCUGGUCAUCCACCAGCUGAGGUGUAACGGUGUGCUGGAGGGUAUCAGGAUCUGCAGGAAAGGUUUCCCCAGCAGAAUCCUCUAUGGUGACUUCAAGCAGAGGUACAAAGUUCUGAAUGCUAGUGUCAUCCCUGAGGGACAGUUCAUUGACAACAAAAAGGCCUCAGAGAAACUUCUGGGAUCCAUCAAUGUGGACCACUCUCAGUACAAGUUUGGCUACACCAAGGUAUUCUUCAAGGCUGGGCUGCUGGGUCUGCUUGAAGAGAUGAGAGACGAGAAACUGGUGGAACUGGUCAUAAUAACUCAGGCUAUAUGCAGAGGUUUCCUGAUGAGGCGAGAAUUUUCAAAGAUGAUGGAAAGAAGGGAAUCCAUUUACACCAUCCAGUACAACAUCCGUUCAUUCAUGAAUGUCAAAACCUGGCCGUGGAUGAAGCUGUAUUUUAGAAUAAAGCCACUUCUCAGGAGUGCAGAAGCGGAGAAAGAGAUGGCCCAAAUGAAAGAGGACUUUAAAAAGACCAAAGAGGAUCUAGCCAAGGCUCUGGCUAAGAAGAAAGAACUGGAAGAGAAGAUGGUCACUCUUGUACAGGAGAAGAAUGACUUGCAGCUCCAAAUUCAGAGUGAAGGUGAAACCCUUGCUGAUGCAGAGGAAAGGUGUGAGGGGCUCAUCAAAGCAAAGAUCCAGCUCGAGGCCAAAGUCAAAGAGACGUCUGAGAGACUGGAGGAUGAGGAGGAAAUGAAUGCUGAGCUGACUGCAAAGAAGAGGAAGCUGGAGGAUGAGUGCUCUGAGUUGAAGAAAGACAUUGAUGACUUGGAGCUGACCCUGGCCAAAGUGGAAAAGGAGAAACACGCCACUGAGAACAAGGUUAAAAACCUGGUCGAGGAACUGGCUGCUCAAGAUGAGACUGUUGCCAAGCUGACCAAAGAAAAGAAAGCCCUCCAAGAGGCCCAUCAGCAGAUCCUCGAUGAUCUGCAGGCAGAGGAAGACAAAGUCAACACUCUGACGAAGGCCAAGACCAAGCUGGAGCAGCAAGUGGAUGAUAUCGAAGGUACACUGGAGCAAGAAAGGAAGCUCCGUAUGGAUCUUGAGCGAGCUAAAAGAAAACUUGAAGGAGAUCUGAAACUGGCCCAUGAAACCAUCAUGGAUCUUGAAAAUGAAAAGCAGCAGUCAGAAGAGAAAAUAAAGAAGAGGGACUUUGAGAUGAGCCAGCUUCUUAGCAGGAUAGAAGAUGAACAAAUAAUUGGAGCUCAGCUCCAGAAGAAAAUAAAAGAACUGCAGGCUCGUAUCGAGGAGCUGGAGGAGGAGAUUGAGGCUGAGCGGGCUGCUCGGGCCAAAGUGGAGAAGCAGAGAUCUGAUCUCUCCAGGGAACUUGAGGAGAUCAGUGAGCGUCUCGAAGAAGCCGGUGGAGCAACAUCAGUACAGAUUGAGAUGAACAAGAAGCGUGAGGCUGAGUUUCAGAAGUUGAGACGUGAUCUCGAAGAGGCAACCCUGCAGCACGAAUCCACUGCCGCCGCUCUCCGCAAGAAGCAGGCUGACAGCGUGGCUGAGCUAGGAGAGCAGCUCGAUAACCUCCAGAGAAUCAAACAGAAGCUGGAGAAAGAGAAAAGCGAGUACAGGAUGGAGAUUGAUGACCUCACGAGCAACAUGGAGGCCAUUGCCAAAUCGAAAGGUAACAUGGAGAAAAUGUGUCGUUCUCUUGAAGAUCAACUUAGUGAGUUAAAGUCCAAGAAUGAUGAGAAUGUGCGUCAGCUGAAUGACUUAAACAUGCAAAGAUCUAGACUGACUACCGAAAAUGGGGAAUUGAGUCGCCAGUUGGAGGAAAAGGAGUCUCUUGUUUCACAGCUUACAAGGGGAAAACAAGCUUUUAUUCAUCAAAUUGAAGAGCUCAAAAGACACCUUGAGGAAGAAAUUAAGGCCAAGAACGCCCUGGCUCAUUCUGUCCAGUCGGCUCGUCAUGACUGCGACCUCCUCAGAGAGCAGUAUGAGGAGGAGCAGGAGGCCAAAGCUGAGCUGCAGCGUGCAAUGUCCAAGGCAAACAGCGAGGUGGCUCAGUGGAGAACCAAAUAUGAGACUGAUGCUAUUCAGCGCACUGAGGAGCUGGAAGAGGCAAAGAAAAAGCUUGCCCAGCGUCUUCAGGAUGCAGAGGAGUCCAUCGAGGCCGUGAAUGCAAAAUGUGCCUCUCUGGAGAAGACUAAGCAGAGACUGCAUGGUGAAGUGGAGGACCUGAUGAUCGAUGUGGAGAGAGCUAAUGCUCUGGCUGCUUCCCUUGACAAGAAACAGAGGAACUUUGACAAGGUUCUGGCAGAGUGGAAGCAGAAGUAUGAGGAAAGCCAAGCAGAGCUGGAAGGAGCUCAAAAGGAGGCUCGUUCUCUCAGCACAGAGAUGUUUAAAAUGAAAAACUCCUACGAGGAAGCUCUGGACCACCUGGAGAACCUGAAGAGGGAGAACAAGAACCUGCAACAGGAAAUCACAGAUUUGACUGAAUGUAUUAGUGAAACUGGGAAGACAAUUCACGAACUGGAGAAAGGGAAAAAGGUGGCAGAAAUGGAAAAAACAGAAGUCCAAACAGCACUGGAGGAAGCAGAGGCUACCCUGGAGCACGAAGAAUCAAAGAUUGUCCGUGUCCAGCUGGAGCUCACCCAGCUGAAAAGUGAAAUUGACAGGAAAAUUGCAGAGAAGGAUGAGGAGAUUGAGCAGAUCAAGAGGAACAGCCAGAGAAUAAUCGAAACCAUGCAGACCACUCUGGAUGCUGAGGUCAGGAGCAGGAAUGAUGCCCUGAGAAUCAAGAAGAAGAUGGAGGGAGAUCUGAAUGAGAUGGAGAUUCAGCUGAGUCAUGCCAACCGCCAGGCAGCUGAAGCCCAGAAACAGCUGAGGAAUGUGCAGGGACAGCUGAAGGAUGCUCAGCUGCACCUUGAUGAAGCUCUCAGAGCUCAGGCAGACAUGAAGGAGCAGGUUGCAAUUCUGGAGCGCAGGAACAACCUGCUGCUGGCUGAGAUCGAGGAGCUGAGAGUUGCACUGGAGCAAACAGAGAGAGGCCGCAAAGUUGCUGAACAGGAGCUGGUCGAUGCCAGCGAGCGUGUGGGACUGCUGCACUCUCAGAACACAAGUCUUAUCAACACUAAAAGAAAGCUUGAAGCUGACCUUGUCCAGAUCCAAGGUGAAGUGGAAGAUGCUGUCCAGGAAGCAAGAAAUGCUGAAGAAAAGGCCAAGAAGGCCAUCACUGAUGCUGCAAUGAUGGCAGAAGAGCUAAAGAAGGAGCAGGACACCAGUGCUCAUUUGGAGAGGAUGAAGAAGAACCUGGACGUGACGGUGAAGGACCUGCAGCACCGCCUGGAUGAGGCUGAGAAUCUGGCCUUGAAAGGUGGCAAGAAGCAGCUCCAGAAACUGGAGGCGAGGGUUCGAGAGCUGGAAGCGGAGGUUGAGGCUGAGCAGAAACGUGGAGCUGAAGCUGUGAAGGGCGUCCGCAAGUAUGAGCGUAAGGUGAAGGAGCUGACCUAUCAGACCGAGGAAGACAGGAAGAAUAUUACUCGACUUCAAGAUCUGGUAGACAAGCUGCAGCUGAAAGUGAAAUCCUACAAGAGGCAGUCUGAGGAAGCUGAGGAGCAGGCCAACACUCACCUGACCAGGUACAGGAAGGUUCAGCAUGAGCUCGAGGAAGCUCAAGAGCGUGCUGACAUUGCAGAGUCGCAGGUCAACAAGCUGAGAGCCAAGAGCCGUGAAAUUGUCAGGGUGAAAGAGACCACUGAAUGAACCUCAUUCGGGAUGAGACAUGGUACAAGAAAUCAUACAAUAUGAUAUUUUUGUCUGAUGUGUCAAGUGUGUAACAGCAAAUAAACAUGGAAGCAACUGAA